AUGAGCAGUCUAUCUCAAGCUUUGACAAAAGCCAAGGAAGUCCUAACUGCCACUGCAACCCAAUUCCACUCACUGCUCCACCACCUCACCGCCACUCCAUCCCUCACCAAAACCAAGCAGCUCCAUGCCCACACCAUCACAUCAGGCACACACUCACCUUACGUCAGCUCAAACCUUGCAAAACUAUACGCCUUAUGUAGCCACCUCCAAUAUGCACGUAAGCUGUUCGACGAAAUGCCUGACCGGAAACCAUUCUUGUACAACGCCCUGAUUAGAAUGUACGUCAAAAAUGGCUUACCACGUGAGGCAAUGCACGUGUUUGUGCAAAUGUUGGCUUCGGGCACGUGCCGGCCGGAUCGGUAUACCUACCCUGCUGUUGUGAAGGCGUGUAGUGACUUGUCAGUGGUGGGAGCUGGGGUUGUUGUUCAUGGGAAGAUAGUGGUUGAUGGGUUUGGGUUGGAAAUGUUUGUUAUGAACGGUUUGCUGGCAAUGUAUAUGGGAUUUGGGGAGAGGGAUAUGGCGAGGAGGGUUUUCGAUGCAAUGCAGGAACGAGAUGUGGUGUCUUGGAACACUAUGAUUAGCGGGUACUUUAGAAAUGGCUGCACGAGGGAGGCUUUGAGUGUUUUUGGAAGGAUGAUGAAUGAGGGCGUGGAGCCUGAUCGUGCUACUUUGGUCUCCUUGUUGCCGGUUAUUGGUUCCUUGAAGUGUAAGGUAUUGGGGAGACGGGUUCAUGCCUUUGUGGAAGAGAUGGGUUUGGGGAAGAAUUUGGCGCUGAGGAAUGCGCUGGUGGAUAUGUAUAUAAAGUGUGGUGGCAUGAAUGAGGCGCGAGUUGUUUUUGAGAACAUGGCUGAGAGGGAUGUGGUGACAUGGACAACUAUGAUCAAUGGGUAUAUUUUGAGUGGUGAACCAAGAGGUGCAUUGGCACUUUGUUGGAUGAUGCAGUGUGAUGGUGUAAAACCAAAUUCUGUGACAAUUGCUUCUCUACUUUCGGCCUGUGGGAGUUUGCGUCUUUUAGAGCAAGGAAAGUGCUUGCAUGGGUGGACUAUUAGGCAAAAGCUUGAGUCUGAUGUUAUAGUGGUGACUGCUUUAAUCGACAUGUAUUCGAAAAGCAAUAGUUUGAAUCAGAGCUUUCAAGUGUUUGUAAAGACUUCAAAAAAGAGAACAGUUCCCUGGAAUUCGAUAAUAUCUGGAUGCAUUCACAAUAGUUUGGCCAGAGACGCAAUAGAACUUUUCAAACAGAUGCUGGUGGAAGCCGUGAAACCAAAUGAAGCAACCUUGAAUUGUCUCCUUCCUGCGUAUUCCAUUCUUGUUGAUUUACAUCAAACCAUGAAUAUACAUGGUUACCUAGUAAGAUCUGGGUUUCUUUCAUGCAUUGAAGUUGCUACUGGUUUGAUUGAUGCAUACUCAAAGGGUGGAAGUUUAGAGUAUGCUUACAAGACUUUCAAUGGAAUUUCAGAGAAGGACAGGGAUAUUGUUCUAUGGAGUGUGAUAAUAGCUGGUUAUGGAACACAUGGCCAUGGCAAGACUGCUCUUUCACUUUUCUAUCAGAUGGUUCAAUCUGGGGUGAGACCAAACGAGGUCACAUUUACCUCUGUCCUGCAUGCUUGCAGCCAUGCUGGUUUGGUGGAAGAAGGGUUGGAGUUGUUCAGAUUCAUGCUUAACGAUCAGAAAUUGAUUCCUAACGCUGAUCACUACACAUGCAUUGUCGAUCUUCUUGGUCGUGCAGGUCGUUUAGUUGAAGCUUAUGAUCUUAUUAGAACAAUGUCAUUUCAGCCUAAUCAUGCUAUUUGGGGUGCAAUACUCGGCGCAUGUGUGAUACAUGAUAAUGUUGAACUGGGAGAGGUUGCUGCUAAAUGGCUUUUUGAGCUUGAUCCAGAAAACACAGGCAACUAUGUAUUGAUGGCAAAAAUUUAUGCUGCAGCUGGAAGAUGGAAAGAUGCAGAAAAUGUGAGAUAUACGAUGAACGAAAUAGGAUUAAGAAAAUCACCUGCUCACAGUCUAGUUGAUGUCAGAAACAACUGA